AUGAGGCUCCCAAAGACGUGGACGGCGCUGAGGGGCAGGACAGGGCUGUCCCCAGGCCCCACCUGCCAGGUGCUUAGAGCUGGGAGGGCCCUACCACGAGCUUGUGUGUUCUCCCUCCUGCUAACGCUUCCUCCCCCGCCUCUUCAGGUGAGCGUCAGCACUUCGGUGCUGAAAGCUGCGGCCCACCACUAUGGCUCGCAGUGUGACAAGCCCAACAAGGAGUUCAUGCUGUGCCGCUGGGAGGAGAAGGACCCCCGGAAAUGCUUAAAGGAAGGGAAGGAAGUCAAUAAAUGUGCACUAGACUUUUUCAGGAAGAUUAAGGCGCACUGUGCAGAACCGUUUACUGAAUACUGGACUUGUAUUGACUAUACCGACCUUCAAGAGCUUCGACGUUGCCGAAAACAGCAGCUGGCAUUUGAUAAUUGCGUGCUGGAGAACUUGGGCUGGGAGAGACCUGAUCUAGGAGAGCUGUCUAAGGUCACAAAAGUGAAGACAGAUCGACCUCUUCCUGAGAAUGUCUAUCAUUCUAGACCAAGACCAGAGCCAAAUCCACCCAUUGAAGGAGAUUUGAAGCCUGCUAAAUAUGGCAGCAGGGUUUUUUUCUGGAGCUGGUAAAAUGGGACUGACCACUCUGUAAUAAGCUCUGUCCAUUGCAAAUAUAAAUUAUCUUGUCCAGCGUGUAUUAGGCGAAAUCCUUAAUGAUUAAAAAAAAAUCCAUAAUUUA